AUGUCUGGUUCCAACACAACUGACUUCACUGACCCCUCCACUUUCAUCCUGCUGGGUAUUCCUGGCCUGGAGACAGCCUUUGCCUGGAUCUCCAUUCCCUUCUGCAGCACCUACGCCAUAUCCAUGCUGGGGAAUUUCACCAUCCUGUUCAUUGUCAAGAAGGAGUUGAGCCUCCAUGAGCCCAUGUACUAUUUCCUCUGCAUGCUGGCCACCACCGACCUGGUCCUGUCCACGUCUACCCUGCCCAAAACACUGAGCAUCUUCUGGUUCAAUUCUGUGGAAAUCAGUUUCAGUGCCUGCCUCACCCAGAUGUUCUUCAUUCACUGCUUCUUAGCAAUUGAGUCUGGGAUCUUCGUGGCCAUGGCGUUGGAUCGCUACGUGGCCAUCUGCCAUCCCCUGAGACAUUCCACCAUCCUCACGAACCCCGUGGUGGCCAAGACUGGCCUGGCCGUGGUGCUGCGCAGUGGAAUGCUCGCAUUACCCUCUAUCUUCCUAGCAAAAAGGUGGCCGUAUUGCACAACAAAUAUCAUCCCCCACACACAUUGCGAGUACAUCGCCGUGGUGAAGCUGGCCUGUGGUGACAUCCGCAUCAGUAGUUACUACGGCCUCUUUGUGGCUUUCUUUGUGACCGGUCUGGAUGUGUUUUUUAUAUCUGUGUCCUAUGUCCAGAUCCUCAGGGCCAUUUUUAGACUCCCUACAAAGGACGCCCAACUUAAGACUUUUGGGACCUGUGGCUCCCACCUCUUUGCCAUCUUAGCCUUUUACAUCCCAAUUCUCUUCUCCUUCCUGACACAACGGUUUGGCCAGAACGUGGCCCAGCAUUUCCGUAUUCUCAUUGCCAACGUGUACCUCCUGGUACCUCCCACGCUGAACCCCAUCAUCUAUGGGGUGAGGACCAAACAGAUUCGGGACAGGCUGCUCCAACUUAUUCGCCACAAAGGGACCUAA